AUGCCUCCUGAACCCCCAAGAAAACGCAGACGCCCUGCAAAAGCAUGCGAGCAGUGCCGCCAGCGCAAAGUCCGCUGCGACCUGAACGUGCCAUGCGGACCCUGCACGCGCGCCAAAUCCGAGCUGAACUGCUCGUAUCGCGAUGGGGCGGUGGCUUCAGAGUUCCAGACUGCAGGCCAAAUCCGGUUUGAGACACAGCCUCGAGUGCAGCAUGAACGAUCGUCUAAGGUGUCUCGGCCUCGGGGAACUGCUUCAGGUAGGACCCCGAGUUUGUUGACUCCGACCUCGUCCUCGACUGAUCAUGGCGCUAUCACCGCCACUGAUGACCUACCUCAUGCCAUUCGAAACAUCCAGGACCGUCUGGAUACUCUCGAACAGAAUGUUUUGAGUUCAGGGUCAGAGGAGACGGCCAUGCGACGGCCCAGCCUAGAACGCGAGUUGCGUGCGCUGGCAGCCAGGGUCGAAACUGUUGAAGGUCAACUGAUCCGCAGUUCAAACGGUGUGGGAUCUACUGCCUCUGUGAAAGAGAAAAACUCUAUCGGGCUGAUAUCCCCACGCCUGCGAUCGUCGGCGCAGAAGGUUAAGUUCAUGGGUCCGACGCACUGGUGUAACAAGAUGGACCAGCUUUCUAUUGCCAAGGUUUUGAAUAGGAGUGACCCUGAGCCGGGAUUGAAGGACCGGAAAAUGGAUGCGGUCGAUACCAUCAAGGGGUGUCGCGAGCUACGACGGUCUAUCAAGGCCCAGCGGUCUGUUCGCUUGAAUGACCCCGUGUCGGACUUGCGUAACACGGUUCCGUCUAGAGAGGAAUGUGACGAGCUGGUGGGAUGCUAUUUGCGCACCUUCGAGGGUGUCUACCGUGUUAUCCAUGUCCCAUCAUUCUGGUCUGAAUACGAGACGUUCUGGACGCGGUCUGGGACUGAUCCAGAGACGUAUCCCUUUCUGGUGAAGCUCGUGCUUAUCCUCGCCAUCGGGACAGUAUUUUGCCCCAGUGAUAGGAACGAUAAGUACUCCCAGCAGGUCCAACAAUGGAUAUAUGCCGCGCAGUGGUGGCUGGCUGGGCCCUCCGACAAAUCCACAGCCAACCUUGACGGCCUCCAGGUAAUGUGCCUGCUCCUGGUUGCGCGGAAGGCGUGUGGUCUCGGCUCCUCGCCCUGGCUCUCCACGAGCUCCCUGAUGCGCACGGCCAUGGCAAUGGGGUUACACCGUGACCCGGCAAACUUUCCAUCCUUGUCUAAGCUGCAGGCUGAGCUGCGACUACGGCUCUGGGCGACUGUGGUGGAAUUGGUGCUCCAGGAUGCACUGGAGUCAGGCACGCCUGUCCUCAUUCCGGCGCAUUUCGACACCACCACCCCGUCCAAUGUCGAUGAUAACGAUCUAGGUCCAGAUACAGAUUCGGUAUCUGCACCACCAAUCGCCGAUCAAGUCACGGACUCGUCUGUUCAGAUUCUGCUACAAGAGUCGGUGAGAUUGCGCAUGGAAAUCCUCAACGUGAUACACAACGGUAAAGGCCAGUCCUACCAACAGGCUCUUGACCUAGGCGGGAAAAUGAGAGCUGUCUGCCGGAAUUCUGCAACAUUCCUGCGCUCUGCCAAUACGCGAUGUCGGCGCGGUUCUUCCCUAGAACUGGGGGAGUUCCAUGCCAAGUUUGUCGCUUGCCAGUUACACUGGUAUAUCCUGGCUUUGUAUAUGCCGUUUUUAGUGCAGGCAAGGAAAGACCCGCAUUAUUACUACGCGCGAAAAGCUUGUCUGGAGUCUGCGAGUGUGAUAGUAUCGUAUGUUGAUACUUCGCAACUUCCACCGCAGACGCCUGUUGGUGAUUUCUUACGCCUCUCCCUCAGCGGGAAGGGUUCGUUCAAAGGACCGCUCAGUUUGGAUGUCAUAUCAGCGCUAUGUUUAGAAAUCGUUACCCAGCUGGAAGAGGAACUCCCUCCGGAGAUGCCAGGCCCAGAUGCAGACUCAUUAGAUGGGCUCGCCGACGCGAAUCGCGACCAUCUGAUUGAGACUCUUGAGCAGAUCAAGGACCACCUCUUCCGUACAAUCGCCAGCGGGACUCCAAGCAUGAAACGGUUUGGCCUUCUAUCGGCUGUCCUGGGACAAAUCCGCGCGAUGAAAACGGGACAGGAUGUGCAGAGUGCGGUGUAUGAUGCUGCAACGCAGAGCUUCAAGGAUUGUCGUUCGGCGCUGCAGAUGAGCACUGCUCAGUUGGAUAGACCGGUCGAGGGUGCUGACAGGGAUAACAUGCCAGGCUACGAUGUCUACGAUCCGACAUUGUCUGGUCUUAACCUGAAUCUAGGGGACUCGCCGCUCGACCUCGACCUUCUGAGUCUGUUCCCGACUGUUUAUGACGGCAAUAUCCUUUCUCUCCUUGGGUGA